UUUGCAGAAUCAAUUACCCUUUGUUCCCAUUGAUCAUACUGUCAGGGGCCAGCACAAACAUCAAACCCAUUAAUUGACAUUUUACAUCACAUCUCAGCUUUCACAACUUGCUAGACUUAAUUUUCCCACAAAUGAGCCUUAAAACUAUCGCAUGAAACCAGUCAACUUCAGGCACAGAAACUUAGCACAAUUGGAACUCUUGUAACAAAUUACAAAAUGACAAAAUGUUGAACAGAAUGAGAGGGGAUCGAAUUGCAACACCAAGGGCUCACCAGCUUAUCUAUGAUGUAAAUAUAUGCAUUAGGCUUAGGUUGCAUCACUGUCAAGUAUCACGCAAGGCAAGAGUGUCAACUGAAGACAUGAAGAGGGGUCAACCAAGCACAUUCCAUCACAUACAUGUACAUGUAGAAAGUAAAGAGUCUAUGAUUUUUAGUUCUACCCAACAUGGAAAAUUCUGUAUAAUGCACAUACAGCACAUCGUGAGCGAGGAGCCUAAAAACGGCUGCAAAGGAGACUACCUGAGAAGAGGACCAUUAAAAAAAAAAAGCACUGAGAAUGAUUUGAGAUUGGCACCCCAAGAUCAGGUCAAGUUCGCAGACGCGACUCCUCCUCAGUACCUUUUUUGGUGUUAAGUGGAGUUCUUCAAGAGAAAGAAUUAUUGCUGCCUUAUCAGAAAUAAAAAAAAACAAACCUGAUAAUUAUUAUAAUUACA